GUGUCACGUACCAAACAAUAAAGCCGGUGUAGUUGUUACAGCUAUUGCCAUUGCUACAGGAAAAUCACAGAUUGAACAGCUCCAAUUUCACCCAAUUUUUUUAAAAAUAAAGCUGUAAUCUUUUUUCCAUUUUUGCGGGUUUUCUUUUCUCUGUUUCUUUCCCCUAUUUCUGGGUUUCAGCGGAUCUUUGCUGGCCUGCCUUUUUCAGGCGAUUCUUCCGUUUAAAUUUUGUGGGUCUGUUUCGAAUCUUCGAUUGCUGGAUUUGAUACAGUUGUCUGAGUAAAAAGAUUCAAUCUUGGGGGGGGGGGGGGGGGGGGAAAUCAAAUAGAAAUGAAAUCUGGGAAAGGGCAUCAAGAAGAGGAAGAGGAGGAGGAGGAAGAGUUUGGUGCGAAGAAGGACGCCACGUCAUCUGCUAAUAACAGCAAAGAUGGAAAGAAUAGUGACAAAGCAAAUGCUAUAAGGUCAAAACAUUCUGUCACGGAGCAGCGAAGGAGGAGCAAGAUCAAUGAGAGAUUUCAGAUACUGAGAGAACUUAUACCGCAUAGUGAUCAGAAGAGAGACACUGCUUCGUUUUUGGUAGAGGUGAUUCAGUAUGUGCAGUUUCUACAAGAGAAGGUUCAGAAGUAUGAGGGUUCAUAUCAACCUUGGAAUUCAGAGCCCACAAAACUGAUGCCAUGGAGAAACAGUCAUUGGCGCGUUCAGAAUUUUGUCGGUCAGCCACCAACGGCAAAGAAUGGUUCUGCUCCUGGUUCUGCCUUUCCUGGCAGGUUUGAUGAAAAUAGUUUAGGAGUCCCUAUGACCAUGCAACCAGGCCAGACAAAUCCUAUUGAACCCGAUCACGUUAUGGAUACCCAAGUUUCCAUGGGAAACGAUGGACCAUUCUCCCACACAUUCGGACCAUCAGAGGCGCAAUCAUCAGAAUGUCCCAGCACUGCUGAUGCACUUAACCUUCAAGAUGAGCUAACAAUCGAGGGUGGCACAAUCAAUGUUUCCAGUAUAUACUCUGAAGGAUUAUUGACUACAUUGACACAAGCACUUCAGAGCACGGGCGUGGAUCUGUCUCAAGCCAGCAUCUCAGUCCAGAUCAAUCUUGGAAAACGAGCGAACAGAGGAGCCACACCAACAGCUAAGGAUCAUAUAAUUCCUACACCAUCCAGCAACCAACCCGUCGGGACGUUUCACGAGGCCACAAGCAGCGAAGACUUCGAUCUAGCUCAAAAAAGACGAAAGAUUUGAUUAUAACGCUAUGGCCCGGCUUCAAAAACAUCCAUUUCCAACUGAUAAAUCUGUUUGCUGAGUAUUUUCACUUUUCACCAUUGUAUAUUUCUUCUUUCGUGCCCCUUUUUUUGUUGAUUUAUUUAAUCUCUUAGCUUAUUUAUGUGUCCUGUGUUACAAAACGGCUGGCGUGAUGGAUAUAUUUUAGUUGUUUUUAUGGGUUUUGAAACUCAGAUAUCUGUUAGUAUUUUGGAAUGAAAAAAUAUGAACAUUACAUA